CUGCAAUCAUGUACCUUGCCCUCGUGCAUCUGUAUCCCAGCCCUAACGAUGACUGCCCUGCUACAUCUGGACUCCGCCUUGGCUUUCGGCCCGUCUUCCUUACGCUUCCAAUCCUGCCGUCUCUUUUUCUCCCUCCGAGGCCUCAAAGCAUGAACUUUUCUCUCAACUCCUUCACAUCUCCAGCCCGCGCCCUGGACUUCAUCUGAUUGGCCCGGAGCACAGUCCGUAGGCUUCGUGCACCGCUAUGCAUUUUCAUCGUCACCGCUGGCUGCACCUGCUCAUCACGUGGAAACAACGCCCCACAAACGCUCAAGCAGCACCCAGAAUGCCUAUGUCUUCCCGCUGUCCAAUUGUUGAGAUACCCGUCUCGAUGCGCAUCGAUAUUGUCAUACCAAAUCAGCCUGGCCUCGGGGUGAGCCAAGUGUCGUAAGUAUGAGUUCUCCAAUUACGCGGACCGACCUCCGAACUGUCUUGAACAAUCUCAACCUUACUGCAUAUUAUGACGCCCUCGUUAGCAAUGGCUUUGAUAGUUGGGAAGGCGUCCUGGACAUCACCGAGAAUGACUUUCAUAAGCUCGGCUUUAAGCUGGGUCAUCGACGAAAGCUGCAGCGGGAAAUCGAAACAUACAGGCUUCGCAGUCUCUCUUUGGAACGUAAUCGCCGUAUGAGCAUCGCUCAGCUAGCCAUGGACCGUGCAACUGGUAUUGGCGAGCGAACGACUAUAGGACUUAGCAAAAGAGGCCGUUUUGCUCAUCAGCCAAGGCCUGAUGAAGAUGCUCCGAAGAGACCAUGUACUGCCUACAAAAAUUUCCAAGAAUACAUCCACCAACAGCCACAGAAUACAGGAAAGUCAUUCAUCGAGAUAGCACAUAUAACAUUUCAGACCUGGUCACGUCUAUCAAUUCAUACGCGACUGCAGGAUUGGCUUAAGCCAGCUUCCAAGGCUAUGGAAGAAUAUCAAAUGAAAAGCAAGGAGUACAGUAAAACGGAAUUGUACCAGUCAUACCAGGUUUAUCUAGAGGAGUACGAUCGCAUCCAUGAAUCGCGCCACAGUGACUGGGCCCAAAAACGAUUCGAUUCUACGAGUUCAGCUAGUUUCAAGAGAAGAUACUCAGCAACCCACGAGAUCAACACUUCCUCACUACUGACAGCUGAGGACGAACACUCUAUUGCAGUAGAUGAAUCCAUUGGAAACCUACGCGAAACCUUGGACACAACAAGCCAGCCUGAAGGCCAAUUUCCACAGAAAGAAACGACUAUGCUCGCCGUCUCUGCAUUCUUCAACGGAACAGGACAACGCUUCUAUCUUUGGGACCGCGAAGAGGCGUUUGCCCUCAUCGAAGCUGCCUUCGGACUCAACGCCCAGCCAGACUCUUGGACUCUCAUGGACCUCUUUACUAUUGCUGCCAUUGGUAGUUGCUGCGAUGCCGAUUGCUUUCCUGAAUCCUUACACAUCGAAUACAUUCAAUCAUGCCUGCAGAUCCUGCGCACAUGCCCGGACCGUAGGAAUCUCCGUGCAAUGCGUCUUUUCCUUGCUCUCGCAUUCUACAGCACUCUUGAACAACCGCAUCGAAGCCGCAUGCUUAGCGAAGCUGCGCUACUCAUAGGCCGCCUUGAAUUACAGGAGCUUUGGAAUACACAGAAGGCACAUCCCGCAGAGGAGAAUGACUGGCGCAAAGUGUUCCGUAGUAUCGUGUUCAUGGAGUCCUGGUUACACUACGGGCUGGGCUAUCAGUUACGUCUCUCGGACAAAGAUGUCGAGACCGGCUGUGACGAGAUCUUCGGCUCAGAUUCGUCCCUCGAAGACAUGAUUCAGGACCAAGUCAACCGCAUUGGCCUUCUCUGUGUGCGUAUUGCCGUUGAUGUAAAGUCGCACGACGUACCGAACGUUCAUGAAAUCCGCGCGCAUAUGGAAAAGCUCGAAAUGUGGUACCGUCAGUUGCCAGCCAUCAUGCGUAUUGCAACACUCAAUAGCGAGCAAUCUGAGAUCUUUAGCCACUUUCAGAAGAGAAGUGUUCUCCUAGUGCAUAUCAUGUGCCUGGGCGCCGUAAGUAUCUUGCACCGGCCACUGCUCAUCGCCAUAGCCCGGUCACGUCUAGCAGGAAUCUGGGAUCUUGACGGAAGUCGAGAAGAGUGUCGUGUAUACCAAGACUACUGCUUCCUCGCCGCCCAGCAAGCCGCUCGAAUCGCCAAUCUCCUACGCGUAGACAACACAAUGCCUAAGCGCUGCUGGGUAGCAAUUUUCCAAUCCUUCUCCGCUUGCUCUAUCCUCCUCUUCUCCGCUUCCCAAAAGCUCCUCUAUGAGCCCUUUGGCGGCUUCGAGCAAGACCUAGGUUAUGCUGAAAAUUUCAUCAAGCUCCUCGCAUGGUGCGCCUCCUCCGGGCCCGUAGCCCAAAAGUGUCUGAACAUCGUCACACCAAUCUUCCAGGAGCUUAAAGUGAUAUCGAACAGCUACUGGCUGCGCGGCGACGAGCGCCGGCCAAGCGGCAUGGGCAGCAGUACUGGCACUGGCAGCGGCAACAGCAGCGACCACAGGAGCCCUGGGGCGAGGAUGUUUGGUAACUCUUCCUGUCUCGAUUUCCCCUCCCAUCUCCCCCGACCAGCCGCAAUUAACUCUCUCGCAGACUCAGCAACCUUGUUCGACGCGCCGCCCCUUGCAGGCAUCUCGAAUAACCCACCGCCCUCCACACCCUCUUCGCUCUCUGCAUUCUCUCCCACACCGCUGGGCUCUCACGGAAGUUCCUCGGCAGCAUCUUCGUCCUCGAUGCCGCCUCCGCCGCGCCCUUUGCAACCCAGCAUCGACGAGGACUUUGUCCGCACCACUCGCGACAACGUCAAGGCACUCGUACAGCGCAUCACAAAUAUUCUGCUAGACCCGUACAUGAGCAUCUACGGCACGAACCCGAUGGAGAGCGGCAGCACGACUGUUGCAGCGAAUUAA